AUGGAAAAAUGGGUUGUUUCCAAGUUUAUUCCUGAGCAUAGUCAUCCAUUUGUGGAUGAUGUUAAAGUAGAGAAGGUCAAGAAAAGGAGACAGGUUCCUGUCAUACCUGCUGAGUUUAGUUCCAUGUUUGAAGGCCUUUCCAGAGAUGGAGGUAAUGAGAUCAGUCUUGAUUCGGUUUUGGGAGGGGGUGAGUCAUUUGGGUUGUUGGAGUAUUUGAAGACGCAGCAGUCAAAGAACCCGGCAUUUUUCUAUUCCGUGCAGGUUGAUGGAAAUGAUCAUCUAACCAAUGUUUUCUGGGCUAAUGCAAAAGCUCGGGAAUCUUACAGUUAUUUUGGUGAUGUUGUCAUGUUUGACACCUCAUACAAGGACAACAAACAGAUGUUGCCGUUUGCAGCCUUUACAGGAUACAAUCAUCAUUUGCAGCCUGUUGUUUUUGGAUGUGCUUUAGUUGUCGAUGACACAACUGCUUCACUAAUUUGGUUGUUUGAGACCUUUUUGGUGGCUAUGCAUGGGCGUCAUCCUGUUUCAUUGGUUAGUGAGCAUAGUGGUGCUUUGAAAGCAACCACAGCAAGGGUUUUCUCCAGCUCAUGUCAUCGGUUUUGCAAGUGGCGUAUCUUGAGCAAAUGUAAGGAGAAGUUGCCUGAUAUCUGUUCUGAUAAAGUAGCUCGGUCCACUUUCAAGCAAGAACUUAAGAAAUGUAUUGAUGAGUCACAGACAAUUGAAGAUUUUGAAUCAGAUUGGGAAGCAAUUCUUUCUAAAUAUGGUCUGAGGGAUAACGUGUGGAUGCAAUCAUUAUACGAAGUUCGGCAGCAAUGGGCAAGAGUUUACCUGAAGAGCACAUUCUUUGCGGAAGUAUCACCAUUUCAAAGAGCUGAAAGCAUGAAGAAAUUCUUUAAAAGAAACUUUGAAAAAAAUGCUAACUUGAGAGAGUUCAUUGUGAAAUUUGAUCAAGCUAUGUAUGGUCAGUUAGAGAAAGAAGUAAAAGAGGAUUUCACCAGUAUGUGUGGUUCACCCAUAUUGAAAACUGGAUCACCCAUGGAGAAACAAGCAGCAUUGACUUACACUAAGACCAUAUUUGCCAUUUUCCAGGAAGAGUUUAUCCAGUCUUUUGCUUAUCUUUCUGAUAAAAUUGAGGACGGAACAAUUUGUACAUACAGAGUAUCUUUAAAAGGAGGCAGCAUCCAGAAAUCCUUCUUUGUCUCCUUUGAUGUUCCCAAUAUGCAUGCUGCCUGUACCUGUGGUAUGUUUACCUUCUCAGGCAUCCUAUGUAGGCAUGCCUUACGAGUAUUUUCUAUUCUUGGUUUUUGUAAGCUUCCCGAUUACUACUUUUUGAAAAGAUGGAAGCAGAUUGCUAAAAAUGGUGCAAUAUCGUACAAACCUCCAGAGCUUCUGCAUACUGAUAAAAUUUCUGUAGCUUCUCGGUACAAUAGUCUCUUCCUAGAUGUCCUUAAGUUUGCAGAAGAAGGGUCAACAUCUGCUAUCAUCUAUAAGGUGGCAAAGGAUGCUCUCCACAAAGCUUUUACUGAAGUUGCUGCUGCUAGAAAAGCUGUCUGUUCAACAGAGAAAGGGCACUAGUUUUCAUCAUUAUCAAUGGCGACGUGACCGAAAAUUUGGGGAUCCAUGAUCAAAAGAUGUGGCAUCAGGCUGCUUCUGAAGUGACAAUAUUGCUUGAAGGAUUUUGUUGCUUAACAAAAGCUGAAUGUUGAUGAGAAUGAGGAUGCUCAUCCUAACAAUUAGCAGCUACUGCAUAUUGAGUGCAAAAUUCUCCGAGUUUAUCUGCUACCUGGACUACAUUUAUCAUUUCUGAUUACGACUUGUCACAAGCCAUCUCUGUCAAUACCCUCGGUUGUGCAUAUAAAAGCCAUAGACAAAUCUCCAGGUGAUUGUUUUGCUUGAAUGGCAUGAUCCAUAAAUGGCUGCUGCGGCUCUGAAGGAUUCAGGAGUUCAAAUUAUGAGCAGAUGUGAAUCAUUUCUGAUAAUCCUUGACCAUCUUUUUUUCUGGGAAAAUUGUAUUAAACACUGGCGCAAACCUGAACUUUUUUUGGGAGGAAAUUGUCAGCUGUUCUUGCAACUUUCUUCAAAGAUUCAUUGAGGCUGUUGUUUGGCUGAUAAGUGCAACUCAUGCAACUGUGUCUCCAUAUUUGGACAUGUUUAGGAACUCUAAAUAUUCAUC